CUACAACCGCUCUACAAGUUCACUAGUCCAGCCAGCGAAGGACGCACCAUGGGGUUUGUCUGCUACAAAUAACAGCCUCCACUUUCAUGAAGACUCCGGUGCGCCAUUAUCUGCGCUUUUCCCGCAAACUACUCAUUGAAUUUCCUCCGUGUCGGUACAGUGCGGAGACUCGGUUAACUGAAGUUAUUUCCAGUUCAGACGAGUUGACAAGUGGAGGAAACCAGGCAGGAUGCACCAUGAAGAAACUGCGACUUUACACAAACCACGAUAUGGAACCAUUCAGGACGAUGAGAGGCUGUCGGCUGAGGAGAUGGAUGAGAGGAGACGACAGAACAUCGCAUACGAGUACUUGUGUCACUUGGAGGAGGCCAAACGAUGGAUGGAGGCCUGUCUAGAGGAGGACUUGCCUCCUACUACAGAACUGGAGGAGGGACUGAGGAACGGUGUCUAUCUUGGAAAACUUGCCACUUUUUUUGCUCCCAAAAUGGUGUCAGAGAAGAGGCUUUACGACAGAGAUCAGACCCGUUAUAAGAGCAAAGGUCUACACUUCAGGCAUACAGACAACACAGUGCAGUGGCUCAGGGCCAUGGAGUCAGUGGGUCUCCCUAAGAUAUUCUAUCCCGAAACAACAGAUGUGUAUGAUCGCAAAAACAUGCCCAAGGUGGUAUACUGCAUACACGCACUGAGUUUAUACUUGUACAAACUUGGAAUUGCACCACAAAUCCAGGACCUGCUUGGGAAAGUGGCUUUCACAGAGGAAGAGAUCAGUAACAUGAGGAGUGAGCUGGACAAGUAUGGUAUACAGAUGCCAGCUUUCAGUAAGAUUGGAGGCAUCCUGGCCAAUGAGCUUUCAGUGGAUGAAGCUGCCUUGCACGCUGCUGUGAUAGCCAUUAAUGAGGCAGUUGACAGAGGUCAGGCCUCUGUGACAAUGGGAGCCCUGAAUAAUCCAAAUGCAAUGCUGAGGAACAUCCUGGAAACUCUGGCCCAGGACUACCAGGAUAAACUGAGCCAGGCCAAGGCUCGUAAGCAGGAUCAGGCCUCUGGGCAGCGUUCCUCCGUUGCUACUGAAGAAAGAGAUGUUUAUGAGGAGCUGCUGACUCAGCAGGAGAUCCAAGGCGCCAUUGACUUUGUCAACACUCAGGCAGCGAUAAAGCAGGUGAAUCAAGCAAUAUCAUCCCAGGAUAAGGUCGCUCUGUUGGCUGCACUGAGGCGGGAAGCUCUGGCUCUGCUGGGUGUUCAGGAAGUAAACGGCCACUGGUACCUGGAACAUUUUACCACAUACUGCCAACAUAAGACCAAGGAUGGAGGGAAGAUGAUGAUGGACAAAGAAGAAAUUCAAAGAGUUGUCAGCUCUUGUAAUGACUUUGCUGAGGCAGAGAAACGAAAACUGGAAGCAGUUGCAGCGAUAAAUAAAGCCAUUCGACUUGGCAAUGCAUUGGACACUGUGGAGGAGCUGAUGAACCCUGAGGCACAACUGCCAAUCGUUUACCAAACCGCUGCCAACCUCUACCAGGCUGAACUUUUCAGUUUGCAGCUGCAAAGUGGGGGACGGUCUGGUCUGAGCCAUGAGGAGCUGAGUGUAGCUGUGGAAAUGCUGUCAGCUGUAGCUGUACUGAAUGAGGUGCUGGACACCAAAGACCCCCAGGCUGUGAUUGAACAACUAACAGACUCACCUCUAGGUUUCACCAACAUAGACCAAGACAACCUCAACAGGUAUGCUGACACUCUUAUCAAAGAGCGAGCUGAGGCUCUUGCCAAAGGUCAAGAAUUUCUAACCUGGAAUGAUGUUCAGAAGUGCAUCGACAUGGUCAAUGUUCAGGUCCAUGAAGAGCAUGAACGUAUUAUAGCUAUAGCUGAGAUCAAUGAGGCCCUCAACUCAGGCGAUCAUCAACAGACUCUUGCAGCACUGAUGCUUCCAACAGCCAAGUUGACAGGAGUGAACGCAGACACAGCAAAACACUACCACGAUGUUCUUCAGUAUAUCAAGUUACUUCUCUGUCAGAUGCUACCUCUGGACACAGAGGAAACGAGCUCUGGGGAUGAGUCUGCAGUUCUGUGGCUGGACCAAAUCCAAGAGGCCAUACACACAGCCAACCAGGAUGAAGAGGAGGCUCUCACAAUGGCUGGAGCAGUGGCUCAUAUUAACAGGAUGGUGGCUGAGGGAGACUCCCAGAAUACACUGCAGGCCAUGCAGGUGCCUGGUGCGGGACUGAAAGCGGUACUUCCUGAAUGUGCGGACAUUUACCAGUCUGAACUGGCACAGAGACAAACAAACAGUCGUACUGAAGGCAACACAGAUAGUAUAUGGGCAAGACAUUGUGUCAAGGACAGAUAUGACUACUAUUAUAACCUAGAGACGGGACAGGGCACCUGGGAGGAGCCAGAAGGAUUUGAGCACAACGUUGGCCACCUGACUAAAGAGGAAAUCCAGGAUGUUGUCAGCUGUGUGACGUCAGAAUAUAACAGGGAACAGUUAUGGUUGGCCAAUGAAUCGAUGAUUAUCCUGCUGCAAGCCAGAGUCAGAGGCUACCUGGUUAGGAAACAGCAUGCACAAAGAAUGGAGUAUCUGCGCCAACAAGAGCCACACGUUGUCAAAUUGCAGGCUUGUUGGAAAGGUUAUAAACAGAGGAAAAUGUACAAAGACAGAAUGAAUGUGCUCCAGAAAAAUGUUGGUUCAGUUGUCAAGAUCCAGUCCCUGGUGAAAAUGUGGAAAGCCAAACGUAAAUACAAUCAGAGGCUGCAGUUCUUCAAAGAUCAUGAAAAAGAAAUUGUGAAAAUACAGGCUUUUCUUAAGGCCAACAAAGCCAGGGAUGACUAUCGAACCCUCACUGGUGCGAAGGAUCCUCCUCUGUCAGUGGUGCGUAAAUUUGUCCAUUUGCUGGAACAAAGCCCCCUAGAUUUACAGGAAGAGCAGGAAGUGACCCGGCUUCGAGAGGAAGUGGUCACCAAGAUUCGCUCUAACCAGCAGAUGGAGAAAGACCUUAACCUGAUGGACAUCAAGAUUGGUCUUCUUGUGAAGAACAGGAUCACUCUACAGGAUGUGGUGUCUCAUAAUAAAAAAAUGAAGGACUUGAAAAAGACAAGUAAAGAGGACCUGUCUUCAGGAGACAGGCUUGGUAUCAAAGGUCUAAGUAAAGGCAAAAGAAGAAAGCUGGAGGCCUACCAACACCUCUUUUACCUGCUGCAGACCAAUCCUUCCUAUCUGGCCAAGCUGAUCUUCCAGAUGCCUCAAAACAAGUCAACUAAGUUCAUGGACACUGUUAUUUUUACCUUGUACAACUACGCAUCAAACCAGAGAGAAGAAUACCUGCUGCUUAAACUCUUCAAAACUGCUCUGGAGGAGGAAAUCAAAUCUAAGGUCGAUCAAAUCCAGGACAUAGUGACAGGAAACCCUACAGUCAUCAAGAUGGUGGUGAGUUUCAACAGAGGGGCUCGUGGCCACAACACACUCAGACAACUGUUGGCUCCUGUGGUGAAGGACAUCAUUGAAGACAAAAGUCUAGGUAUCAACACCAAUCCUGUGGAUGUGUACAAAGCCUGGGUCAACCAGCUGGAGACGGCUACAGGGGAGGCUAGCAAGUUGCCAUAUGAAGUGACCCCCGAACAGGCCAUGUCACAUGAGGAAGUACGCAACAGGCUGGAGGCGUCCAGUCUGGCACUCCGCUCUGCUACAGAUAAAGUGCUGAGCUCUAUUGUGUCCUCACUUGAUAACAUCCCUUAUGGCAUGAGAUACGUAGCAAAAGUUCUGAAGAACAGCCUCCAUGAAAAGUUUCCAGAUGCUUCAGAAGAUGAGCUGAUGAAGAUUGUAGGGAACCUGUUGUAUUACCGCUACAUGAACCCAGCCAUUGUAGCUCCCGAUGGCUUCGACAUCAUUGACAUGUCAGCAGGAGGGCAGCUUCACGUAGACCAGCGGCGUAACUUGGGAUCUGUGGCAAAAAUGCUCCAGCAUGCAGCUGCCAAUAAGCUUUUUGAGGGCGAAAAUGCACAUAUGACACCGAUGAACAACUACAUAUCACAGACAUAUGAGAAAUUCAGGGUGUUUUUCCAGUCGGCCUGUGAUGUGCCUGAGCCUGAGGAGAAGUUUAAUGUUGACGAAUAUUCAGACAUGGUGACCUUAAGCAAGCCCAUCAUCUACAUCUCAAUAGAGGAGAUCAUCAACACGCAUUCGCUGCUGCUGGAACAUUUGGAGGCCAUCUCUCCCGACCGAAAUGACCUUCUGCAUGAGCUGCUGCAGGACCUCGGAGACGUCCCCGAUGUAGAGGCUUUGCUUGGCGAAGGAGCUACAGAUCCAAAUGACCCGAACAGAGACAGCGCUCUGAGCCAGAUGGCCAAGACGGAGAUUUCCCUAACGCUAACAAGCAAGUUUGAGCUGCUGGAAGGAGACGAUAAAGAUGUCAAGACUCUCAUGACAAAAACCAAAAAGCUUAUAGUGGACGUGGUACGGAUUCAACCUGGAGAAACAUUGCCUGAAAUUCUGGAGACCCCUGCUUCUCCCUCUCAGGAGUCGGAGCAUACAAAGAUCAUAGAGCGCCGGGCAGUCCAGGAUGCUCAGACGCCGGAGGGUCUGAAGAGCAGCCCUGCAGUGCUGGAAGACAGCCAGCUGCCUCUAGAGCAGAAGAAAAGGAAGAUCCUGAGGAACCUCCGAAACCUGGAGCAGGCUGGCGUCGUCACAACUAGUAACAAAUACCAGGACCUCAUCAAUGACAUAUCAAAGGACAUUCGCUACCAAAGACGCUACAGACAAAGACGGAAGGCUGAGCUGGUGAAGCUGCAGCAGACGCUGACGGCCCUGAACUCUAAAACAGCCUUUUACCAGGACCAGAUGAACUACUAUGAUACCUACAUUAAGACCUGCCUGGAUAACCUCAACCGCAAGAAUUCCCGCAGAUCUAUAAAACUGGACAGUAAAGGAGAGGACAAAGGCAGUAAAAAGUGGAAGCCACAGUCUCUGAAAUACACGGCGGCAAGACUGCACGAGAAGGGAGUCAUCCUGGAGAUAGAGGGACUUCAGACAAACCAGUUCAAAAAUGUCAUGUUCGACAUUUCACCCACUGAGGAAGUUGGGGAUUUUGAGGUGAAAGCAAAGUUUAUGGGAGUAGAGAUGGAAAAAGUCCAGCUUCAUUUCCAGGACCUCCUUCAGCUGCAGUACGAAGGUGUGGCAGUUAUGAAGAUGUUCGACAAAGCCAAAGUAAACGUCAAUUUACUCAUCUUCCUCUUAAACAAGAAAUUCUAUGGAAAAUAAACAGGAAAAGAGGAGGAUUAGAAGAGGUCUGUGCCUUCUGUUAGUACUGAGAAAGAUACGUUCACACAGUGCAGGACAGGGUUUUGUGUCAUCCCAGAUCAAAAGGAAAUGUGUUAUUGUCUGACGUAUCUGUUAUUUUCAUGUGGUGAUUGUAAUGUAUUUUUAAAAUUAAAUGUAAUGGUAUUCAUAUUUUGUACUUAUCAGAUACUAGGAAACACGUUAUCGUUACAGUUUAUGUGGGGGAAAAAAAGUUGGAAAACUGGAAAAACUGAAGGAGCCAGACCAUUGUCCUGCAUGGCUUUAAGAAAUACUGUAGUUCACCAGUGCCUUUUUAAUUCAAGUGUUUAAAUACAAGUUUUAAUUAAUAAAAUGUUUAAAAAGUUUUAAAAGCUACAAGUGAUGUGUUUUAAAUAUGUUAUCUGUAUGUAAAUGAUUUGUAAUUCUUGAAAAUGCAUAAAUAAAUUACAUGUCCAAAAUCA